AUGCCCUAUACACCGUCUGGCUUUUUCUGCGACCGGUUGAUCCGGGAACGAGAGAGAAGAGACGGGGAAGGGUCUCUGAACAAGCCCCUCCGCUUCAACUGCCAGGACUUCAACACCCUGAGACAGGAGUGCCUUCAGAGGAAGAACCUGUUUGAGGAUGACUCUUUCCCGGCCACUGUGGAGUCUUUGGGCUUCAAGGAGCUCGGACAUAAGUCCAACAAGGUCAAGAACAUCGUCUGGAAGAGGCCCAAGGAAAUCUGUGAGAACCCUCAGUUCAUUGUUGGAGGAGCCAGUAGGACAGACAUCUGCCAGGGAGAUCUUGGUGACUGCUGGUUGCUGGCUGCCAUCGCCUGUCUCACCUUAAAUGAGAAGCUUCUCUAUCGAGUUGUUCCCCAGGAGCAAAGCUUCUCAGAGGGCUACGCCGGCAUUUUCCACUUCCAGUUCUGGCGCUAUGGCGAUUGGGUUGAUGUCGUCAUUGACGACCGCAUCCCGACCUUCAACAACCAGCUGGUCUUCACUAAGUCUGCCGAGAGGAACGAGUUCUGGAGCGCCCUGCUGGAGAAGGCCUACGCCAAGCUACAUGGCUCCUAUGAGGCCCUGAAGGGUGGAAACACCACUGAGGCCAUGGAAGAUUUCACCGGUGGAGUCACUGAGUUCUACGAGAUGAAGGAAGCUCCCAAAGAGCUCUACAAGAUCAUGAAGAAAGCUCUGGAGAGAGGCUCCCUCAUGGGAUGCUCCAUUGAUUCUCUGGUUCCAGCUCGUUUUGAGACGCGUACUGUGACGGGACUCGUGAAGGGUCACGCCUACUCUGUGACGGCAGUGGAGGAGUGUAAAUCUUCUCAGCACAAGGAGUCUAAAGUUCGUCUGGUGCGACUGAGGAACCCGUGGGGUCAGGUGGAGUGGAACGGUCCCUGGAGUGACAACUCUAAGGAGUGGACCACACUGUCAAAGACUGAAAAAGAGAAGUUACAGCACCAGAGUGCUGAGGAUGGAGAGUUCUGGAUGUCAUUCGAGGACUUCAAGAAGAACUACACCAAGAUCGAGAUCUGUAACCUCACCCCUAAUGCCCUGGAGGAUGACAAGAUCCACAAGUGGACUGUUUCUGUGAACGAGGGCCGCUGGGUGAGAGGCUGCUCUGCUGGAGGCUGCAGGAACUACCCAGACACCUUCUGGACCAAUCCUCAGUACCGCCUUCGUUUGCUGGAGGAGGAUGAUGAUCCUGAGGAUAAUGAAGCGGGCUGCACCUUCGUGGUGGCGCUGAUGCAGAAGAACAGGCGAAAAGAGCGCAAGAUGGGAGCCAACCUCUUCACCAUCGGAUUUGCCAUUUAUGAGGUGCCAAAGGAGAUGCACGGGAACAAGCAGCACAUGCAGAAGGACUUCUUCCUGUUCAACUCCUCCAAGGCUCGCUGCAAGUCCUACAUCAACCUGCGUGAGGUGACCCAGCGUUUCUGCCUGAGCCCCGGAGAGUACGUCAUCGUUCCCUCCACGUACGAGCCACACCAGGAGGGAGAGUUCAUCCUGCGAGUCUUCUCUGAAAAGAGGAACACCUCAGAGGAGAUAGAGAACAGGAUUGAGGCCGAUCAUCCAGUGCCGGCGCCGGCCUCGGCGGGGGAAGAGAGCGAGGAGGACCAGCAGUUCCGGACCAUUUUUCAGGAGAUAGCCGGCGAAGACAUGGAAAUCACAGCCAACGAACUGAAAAACGUUCUCAACAGAGUGAUCACUAAACAUAAGGACCUGAACACAGAGGGCUUCAGCCUGGAGAGCUGCAGGAGCAUGAUUGCUCUGAUGGACAUGGAUGGGACAGGCAGACUCAAUCUUCAGGAGUUCAGACAUCUGUGGAAUAAGAUCAAACAGUGGCAGGGAAUCUUUAAGCACUAUAACGCAGACCAGUCUGGUAGUAUCAACAGCUACGAGAUGAGGAACGCUGUCAACGACGCAGGCUUCCGUCUCAACAACCAGCUGUAUGACAUCAUCACCAUGCGCUACGCCAACGAGAACAUGAACAUCGACUUCGACAGCUUCAUCAGCUGUCUGGUUCGGCUUGAAGCCAUGUUCAGGGCGUUCCAGGCCUUUGAUCAGGAUGGAGAUGGUACAAUCAGACUCAGUGUCCUGGAGUGGCUCCAGUUGACCAUGUAUGCCUAGAAAGGCCCAUCUUCUCCCAGGUGAGCUCCACUCCACACGAGGACCAGACAAGCCAGCCUUUACCUCAUUAUUCAGUGUGCCCGACCGCCGUUAGCUCUCAUCCACUUCACCUCCAGC